GGGAGAACGAGAACGAUAUGUACUGCAAGUUUCACUUGGAAGUUUCCCAGAGCCCAGUUUGCAUGUGAAAGGAGACGGAGCGGAACGAGACGAGACAUGCUCGAACCCAUCGUGGGCUGGAUAUGCGCCUCUUGCAGAAGUCAACAAGCCCUCCAGCAGCAUACACGGCGGACAUUCACAGCAUUGGCGGUGCACAGCAAUGGCCCGGCUUCAUAUGUAAAACGUGCUGUUCCAAGAAGACACGCAUCGACUGCUCCCGCUAGGCAUGGCGGAAAGGUACCAUCCUCACCAGCCAGGACGCGCUUCGCUCCGUCACCGACCGGAUAUAUGCACAUUGGCGGGCUUCGUACUGCUUUGUUCAGCUAUCUCUUGGCAAAGCGAACAGACGGCCAGUUCUUACUACGAAUAGAAGACACCGACCAGAAACGACUGGUGCCAGAUGCUGAGCAACGGCUUUGCGAGGACCUGAAAUGGGCCGGCUUGCAUUGGGAUGAGGGGCCUCUAGUUGGCGGACCGUAUGGGCCUUACAAACAGUCUGAACGGAACGACAUCUACCAGCACCAUGCACAGGUGCUGCUUCAAGACGGAUCUGCUUAUCGAUGUUUUUGCACGCCACAGACUACUGGUUCACAAGGCGGCAAAGCUGCGUAUGUCACAAGUGGUUGCUACCAAGACUGCUCUUCGCUGUCCCCAGAAGUAGCCCAGGAUCGAGCAGAGGUAAAACACGAUGCUUUCACAAUACGUCUCAAGCAACCCGAAGACGUUCACAAGCGCGUCUACACUGAUUUGAUAUACGGCAAAAUCCAGCGCUUGAAGCGCUCGCCGAGUGCUAGCCAGAGCACGGGGGAUGAUUCGGGCAUCGAUGCCGCAGAUACUAUCUUGGUCAAGACCGAUGGAAUACCGACUUAUCACUUCGCAAAUGUUGUCGAUGACCACCUCAUGAAGAUCACACAUGUUAUUCGAGGCACUGAAUGGAUGGCGAGUACGCCUUUGCACUAUGAUUUGUAUGCAGCAUUUGGUUGGACACCUCCUGCUUUUGCACACGUGGGACUCCUCGUAGAUGAAAACAAAGCCAAACUCUCGAAACGGAGUGAUACCGGUCUCGUUCUAGACGUGCGCGGGAUGAGAGAACAAAAUGGAGUCCUCCCCGACGUACUCACUAACUUCCUAGCACUACUGGGCUGGAGUAAUCCUGGUCGGAACGAUGUGUUAGAGAUGCACGAAUUGAUCCGAGACUUUGACCUCAAGUUCACCAAAGGGAACACAAUCGUUCGCAUGGAGAAACUCUGGUUUUUGCAGAAACAGCAUGUGGCGAGAGCGAUCGAGAGUGCAAAGGCUGCAAACACCACUGAACCCAUCCAAGAUCUCAUUGACGCCGUAGCGGAAGAGGUUGUCAUCGCCGACACUUCUUUCCUGCAGCGUCACAUCGGCGAAGACAAACCUUAUUUCGACCUCAAGGCAUACAUCCGCGAUAUCCUCCUCGUCGACUCUAAAUCGUACCAGACGCCAACUCAAUUCCUCGAAAGGAACAAAUACUUCUUCGACUACGAUGCAGCUCUUAUACCCGAGAAUGCAGCAAAUCACGAUAACGCCGAGAUGCUCACUCCUGAAUUGCUAGUGAAGCUGAUGGAGCACAUUCUACAAGAAGAAGAAUUCGCCUCGACAACGAUGAACAAUUCCAAAUCUACUACCAACGAUGACGGGGGUCUCCUCGAUAGCCACAUUACCUCGAUAUCGUCAAAGAUCCACUCCAAUAUCCACACAUCGCUUCUAAACCAUAUCGGAGCAGACGAGGAAAGCCUGGCGACCAACGAAGGUCUCAAGAAGUCGUACAAGUCUUUGAACAAAGCCCUCAUGCGCCACCUUAGAGAGAAGCUGAGCUAUGGCUUACCAGGGCCGGGAAUUGGGCAGAUCAUGGCUGUGCUAGGCUACCAGGAAUGUUGUAGACGACUUGGACUCAAGUUCAAGCCGACCGACUAGGUCUAGGUAGUCUCCUAUGCUUCCCAUGUAGUAGUAUAUAUUCAGCCCGUGUACUCCA